AUCAUCGGCGGCUCAGAGUGCAUACCACACUCCCGCCCCUACAUGGCCUAUCUGGAAAUUGUCACCCCUGGGAAUUAUCGGUUGGCCUGCAGUGGCUUCCUGAUAAGACGGAACUUUGUGCUGACUGCUGCGCACUGUGCAGGAAGGUCUAUAACAGUCCUCCUAGGAGCCCAUAACAAAACACUUGAAGAAGACACAUGGCAGAAGAUCGAGGUUGAAAAGCAAUUCCCUCAUCCAAAAUAUGAUGGCUAUUUGGCUCUCCAUGACAUCAUGUUACUGAAGUUGAAGGAGAAAGCCAAGCUAACCCGAGGCGUGGGAACCCUUCCACUCCCGGCCCAGUUCAACUUCAUCCCACCAGGGAGGACGUGCCGGGCAGUUGGCUGGGGGAAAACAGCCGUGAAUGAGCCAGCCUCCGACACAUUGCAGGAGACAAAGAUGAGGCUCUUGGAGCCCCAAGGCUGCAAACACUUCAGCAGCAGCUUCUACCACAGUCUCCAGCUGUGUGUGGGCAACCCCAAGAAGAUACAAAAUGUGUACAAGGGAGAUUCUGGAGGACCCCUCGUGUGUGCUGGGAUAGCCCAAGGCAUCGCCUCCUAUGUGCAUCGGAAUGCGAAGCCCCCUGCUGUCUUCACCAGAAUCUCCCACUACCGGCCCUGGAUCAAUGAGAUCUUGAGGGAGAAUUAACCCUGGAGCUUGGGCCAGCCUGUGAGGAAAUCUGGAACUGGAAUUGAGCAGGUUUUCCCUGCCCGUGCUCUUGCCUGUCUCCAGUUCCUGCU